AUGGCUAAUUUCACUAUAAUUAGUUCAUUUCUCCUCAUGGGGUUUUCCGGCAAGCCUGAGCUAGAAAUCUUACAUGCUUCUCUGUUCUUAGUCUUAUACCUAGUGGCUUUAACUGGCAAUAUUCUCAUUAUCACUGCAACUUCUAAAGAUCAUAGUCUCUCAUCACCUAUGUAUUUCUUCCUGAAACAUCUCUCCUUUUUGGAUCUGUGCUAUAUUUCUGUGACUGUACCAAGAUUCCUUUACAACUCUUUCAUGCAUAAUGGCAAUAUUUCCCUCUGGGAAUGCAUAUUGCAGUGUUUUGCAUACACUCUCUGUGGUUCUGCUGAGAUGGCCAUGCUCACAGUCAUGUCCUAUGAUCGCUACGUGGCCAUCUGCCUUCCACUGCGCUACGAAAUCAUCAUGGAUGUCACUACCUGUGUUCACGGAGUUUUAGCAGUCUGGAUCAGUGGGGUCAUCUCUGGAGUCAUGCAUACCGCAGCUACUUUCUCCAUCCACUUCUGUGGUACUAAUAUCAUUCACCAGUUCUUCUGUGGUGUACCCCAGCUCCUGAAACUCUCCUGUUCCAAUGAGUAUAUCAGUGAGCUGGGGGUCACUGGCUUCCUGUCCUUGGUGGCCUUCCUUUGUUUCAUCUCUAUUGGUCUCUCCUACACACGUAUUUUCUCUACUGUCCUGAAGAUCCCAUCUGCUGAAAGCAGAGCCAAGGCCUUUUCUACUUGCCUGCCCCACCUAUCUGUUGUUACAUUAUUUCUCUCUACUAGUGUCUUUGAGUUUCUGAAGCCACCUUCUGACUCUUCAACUGCAUUAGACUUUUUGCUCACUAUUUUUUAUGCUGUUGUGCCACCAAUACUCAAUCCAGUGAUCUAUAGCUUGAGAAACAAAGCCAUGAAGGCAGCUCUAAAAAACGUUUUUAAAAGGAGUGUCCACCUCUUUUCCUGA